AUGAACCGAUUCUUGAAGAACUUUGAGUUCGAAGACACCACUCCUCGAACCUCUCCAGCAGCUUCUGACGAUUCCUUGCUUGAGCAAGAGAAGAACCAACACAUACGAAAUGUGUUCCCUAGCAGCCCAGAUGAGCUCGAAGGCUAUCGACCCAUGCGGGUUGCCUUGGUACAGACAGCAGCGGGCCUCAAACCUCCAUCUGGUGGCUUUCGAGGAAAUUACGCCAGUCUCCUAGCCUUACAGAAGCACGGACACAUGACCAUGCAGUUCGCAUGGGCCACAAGACAGGACAUCUACGAAGCAGUUGCAGAGUUGAAGUCAGCAGGAAGAUUCAGUAAGCAACACUUCCAGAGAGGAACAGUCCAGAUCUUCGACAAGGAUAGCAACUCAACACCCGUCACCUGGACAAAGUUCACAAACACUCAUGGCAUAUUGUGUGUUACACUUGACGCAGAGACCAUGAUCCCUACAUACCCAAAUCCUUUACAGCAGGAGGAUGCUGCUGCAUUUAUCCGAACAGGAUCAGUACCCGCUCGAGCAGUCCCAUACAUGAGGUGGCUGCAAGAUCAUAUCAUCGGUUUCAACGCAACGCAUGUGGUCUUCAAUGACGCAUUUGCUAGUGUUGCUACUUGCAACUUGCCUGCAGAUAUUCAGGCCGGCAUUGCUCGUGUUGAGGUUGUUCAUACGCUCGAACAACUACCCACUGGUCCCUACGCCGGCGGCAUCUCCGGAGGUGCCCAAUGUCCUGAAGAGCUGAGACUGUUCAAGGAGCUUGACGGCUUGAUUGCCGUUUCCAAAGCGGUCCAACGAUAUGCGAAAGACCACUGUGGUCUGCAUGCCGAAAUGAUUCCAAACCAUGCCUGGUCCUACAAGGACAAGGAGACCAGUGACUGGCCACGCUACAGAUCCAACUUUGCCAAACAAAACGUUGUUAUGAUCAAUCCAGCUUGGGUCAAGGGCUACGAUAUCUUUCUGGCUAUGGCAAGAGAUAACGCUCAACGAAAAGUCGAGAACAACUGGGAUGCGCUUCUUGACAGACCCGUCUACAACUUCAUUGCAUAUCUAGGCUGGGGCUCCAGCCCAAAGAUGGUGCAGGACUUGAAGGCUGCUGGAGUGAAGGUCGAGGAGUCAGUCACAGACAUGGAGCCUGUUUUCGACAACAUGAGCGUCUUGAUCAUGCCGUCCCUUUGGCAGGAAGCCUGGGGCCUCUCUGCAACAGAAGCGCAACUACGAGGCAUACCUGUCAUCGCUUCCAAUGUUGGCGGUCUACAGGAAGCUAAGCGAUACGUUACCCCCUUUAUCAAUGUUAACACAAUCAGCGGUCAAGAGCGCAACGAGAAGGGCGAGUACGUCAUCCCUGUCCAAGACGUAAAACCCUGGAUGAAAGAACUGGAUAGUCUCUUGACGGACAAAGACCGCUACGAAGCAGUCUCUCAUAUGGCGUUCUACACCACAAGAGAAUGGAUUCGAAAUUUCGAUGUCAGAGGAAUGGAGAAGUACCUGCUCGACGUUAUGAAAUGA